AUGCCAGUGUCACAAGCUUCCUCACGCACUUUUACUCCAAACAAUGGGGAAGGAGCGAUGUACAUGGAUGAUGAGCCCACACCAGCAAGAGCACCAUUAGAUCCAGCAAUGAGUAAGUUCAAAGUGGUCAUUGACACGACCAUUUAUGAUGGCAAUGCCUAUAAAGUUGACAUACAAGCACUCCAUAAGCUCCGUAAUGCAGUUCACACCCAACAACCUAAUAGAUUGAUACCAGAAGUCGAUCAGCGGUUAUCAAAACUAUACAAUAAAGCUGUGAAAGGCUGUGAUAAAAGUGAUCACGAUGAGUGUAUUGCAAUCAAUGGCUUAAUGAGCGAGUUAACACUAAUUAGAUCCCAUGUAGGGGAUAAAAUCUCAGAAACAAAGAUGAACAAACUACUCAAGAUGAGUGAGUUCUCUAAGUGGCCAACACACAAGUAUGUGAGUAUGGCUGAUUGUCGUGAUACACUUGAGUUUGUAUCUGUAGUAAAAGACUUGUUUGCGAACACAAACAUGCCAUUGGUACAGUAUCUAUCACUCGUACAAGAACUGCCCCGACAAACAGCCACAACAGAGGUACCGCGCACAGCACUCAAUAAUACACGUAGUUCCCAACAGCUUUGGAAAGACUGCACUGAUGGGGAAGUCUACAAUAUAUUAAUCAUUGACAAUUUGCGUCACACUCCAGUAAACUAUCUGCUGGAGAAAUGGCUCAACGACUUCUAUAAUGCUCGACGAGCAGCACGAUUGCGUCGCACAAUGCUUGAGCUGGAGAAACGAUGCAAGGGCACGGGGAGAUAG